AUGAAUCAAUUUGAAGAGGGUUUGGAGUAUUUUGAUUUAGCAAUUUAAUAAAACCCUGAAAAUUCAGAUUACUAUGCAAAUAAGGCGAUUACAUUAAUGAAUAUGAAUAGAUUUGAGGAAGCAUUGAACCAUUAUGAUAUAGCAAUUUCCAAAAAUCCAGAAAAUUCACUCUAUUACCAUCAUAAAGGUAAAUAAUACUUCAAUAAAUUUGAAGCAGUCACCUUACAUAAAAUAAAUAGAUUUGAAGAAGCUUUGUAAUUUUAUAAUUUUGCCAUUUUCAAAAAUUUUGACAAUUCAGAUUAUUAUAAUAAUAAAGGUAUUGUUUUUAUAUCACCAUUUUAUUUAGCAAAUACUUUAAUUAAAAUGCAAAGAUUUGAAGAAGCAUUGGAAUAUUAGGAUAUAGCUAUAAGUAAAAAUCCGAAUAAUGCAGAUUAUUAAAAUAAUAAAGCAAAUACUUUAAGCUAAUUAAAUAAAUAUGAGGAGGCAAUAAACUAUUAUAAUUCAGCAAUUCAGAAAAAACCAAAAAAUUCAUAUUAUUACUAUUGUAAAGGUAAAUGA